GUACAAAAUGUAUGUUUGAUGAUUGUUUGAAUAGUGACUCUUCGUUUUAUAUCUGUCUUUUAUCUUUGUUUUUAAUUGUAAAUCUCAGUCUGUUAUAAUCUCUCCUUUAAUUCUGUAAAGAAGCUUGAUUUGCGCGAUACAAAGAAGGUUGCCCCGCCCCCCAGUUUACAAAUGGGAUCCAGUGGGUGUGGAUCAUGCAACCAGGACUGUUGCUGAUAUCCCCUCAAAUGGAUAGAUCGUCAGGAUAGAUAUUUACUUGCUUGUCCGAACAUGAAGUUCGCUCUCUGUGAUUUCGAGACUUUCUCUGCGGGAAAUGAAAACAAAUAAACUGCAGUUGUUGGUUUCACCUGUUUUUCAGGGAUCUGAAACCAUUUCGAGAUAUUUUAGUCUCCUUCACCAGUUAACGUUAACUAUGAAGUGAAAGCCUACAGACUUCUGUCUUCCACAGACUGUGAUACAAAACAGUGGACAGGGGAUGACUUGCUGGGUGGUACGUUCACUGACGCUGUCCCUCCUAUGGACAGUUACAGAAGGAGAUACUGAGGUGUCCUGUGUGUUCAUGGAGAGCUGCGUCUUACCAUGCAGUUUUCAGCCAGGUCAUGAUGUCGUCAUCCACUGGAUUAAGGAGCCAGGAAACACUUUUGUCCACUCCUACUACUAUAACCAAGACCAGCUCUCAAAGCAGGACCAGAGCUUCAAAGGCAGGACGUCACUGUUCAUAGACCAGAUCUCCAGAGGAAACGCGUCUCUGCAGCUCACAGGGGUCAAGGUUCAGGACCAGAGCAGAUACAAGUGCUACACCAGCACCAUCCGUGGCAACAAGGAUCUGUUCAUCAGCCUAAAAGUGGACGCUCCUGUCACUGAGGUCCACAUUCAGCAGGUAGAAAACAGGAUCAUCUGCAGCUCAGAGAGGAUCUACCCUGAGCCUGAGCUCACCUGGUCCACCAGCCCUCCAUCCAACAUGACCUGUCAGAACACAACAACAGUCCAGCAGACUGAACAGCAGCUCUACAGCAUCAGCAGCACUCUGAUACCUCCAGACAGCACUACUGAUGUGGUCUACAGCUGCACCAUCAGCACUCGCAGAAAUACAUGGAGAGCCACUUUGAACCCUUCAAACACAGCAGUUAUAGCUGGAGUGGCUGGAGGCCUUUCUGUUGUUGCGGCAAUCGCAGGGCUGACAGCCUUCUGUGUAUAGAAGGUCACAAGAAGGAACAGCAAACGCGUCAGGAACACCAGAAGCCAUUCGAAUGGAAGAGAUGCCAGAAAACAGGAGAGAACAAACAGAUCUGCAGCCAAACGAGGAGACUGGACUGACAAGUGAAGGACAAAGUGAUAACUGAUGCUCUUAUUUACUGCACUGUGAAAAGAUUUUAUGGGGAGACUCCUGCUCAUGAAAUGCUGUUCCUGCUUGAAUUCAAAAACAGACUCACAGAGACAGACGGACUGGAACAGAGGCAGCUCUGCUUUGCCUGUAAGAAGAACAUCUCAGCCAAAGACUUGAUGGUACUUUUGUCAUUUUGAACGGCUGUUUUUAUUCCUGUUAAAAGUGAAACCCUGCAGUUACAUGUUUGACCAUCAGUCUGCAUCUCCACAGUCCAGUUUUCAGAGUGGGCUUGGCAGGUUUGUUCACUGUAGUGACUGAAGCUACCGUCAUCAAAACUAGCAGCCAGUGAGCGUAGCUGCUAACACCUGCUGCAGCUGCACAGGACAUGCAGAGGUGCUGGAUGGUCCACUAUAGUUCAGUGCCUGAGUGGUUUUACGUGUUGUUCUACUUUUUAGUGGUGAGCACUGCAUCACCAUUUUUAUGGAGCUGUUGUUAUAACUUUGUAUUUGUUUGAAUUUGAUAAUAAUUUGUUUUGAAUACUUUGCUCUUGUUCUCUUUGUAUGUACUGUUAAAGUUUUAGUUUUCUUUUGAUGAUAAAAAUGCUGAACCAGUUCAAUAACA